CAUUGUAUUAACAGGAACUUGGGAGAAUAAGUUUCCAGUGGAAAUGACAACAAAGAGAAGUUUCCGACUGAACGAGAAGCAAACAAUAAAGGUUCCUAUGAUGCAGACUAAAGGGAACUUCCUCGCUGCUGCAGACCCUGAGCUGGACUGCGGUGUGAUCCAGCUCCCGUUCGUGGGGAACAUCAGUAUGCUGAUUGUACUUCCACACAAACUCUCUGGCAUGAAAGCCCUGGAAAAGCAGAUAACACCUCAAGUGGUGGAAAAAUGGCAGAAGAGCAUGACAAACAGAACAAGAGAAGUGGUUCUGCCUAAAUUUAAGCUGGAGAAGAGUUAUAACUUGAUUGGUUAUCUGAGAUCCAUGGGAAUAGAACAACUGUUCACUGAAAAAGGCGACUACUCCGGUAUAUCGGAUGAGAAAGUCACUAUUGACAGGUUCAAUCAUCAAGGCACAAUAACUGUGAAUGAGGAAGGCACAGAGGCUGGAGCAAUAACCAACGUGGGGUUCAUGCCCCUUUCUACUCAGAUUCGCUUUAUUGUUGACCGCCCCUUUUUGUUUCUGAUCUACGAACAUCGUACCAGUUGCCUUCUGUUCAUGGGGAGAGUUGCCAACCCAGCCAAGUCCUAAAAGCAGAGAAGACCUCCAACACGCUGUUCUAUGUGGGCUGUGUACUUACACGUUAAUAUAUCAGCAUCAUAAAGGAAAAGUCAUUGUCAUAUUAGCUAGUAAAAAAGCCACUGGUAUCAAAAGAAAAUAUAUUAUCUACAGGUAGUUUCACAUGAAUGGACUUACAGCAGUAGAUAAUUUGACUGCAAUUUAAAGUGGUUAAUGACAUGUAUCAAUACGAGUGUAUUAAAAAAAUAAAUCACAAAGUAACUUAAACUUUGUGUUCUAUGUCAGUGUAUAAAAUGUAAUCAAUAAAACAUUUAGACUACCUGGA